AUGGUUAACAGGAUUUCGAACGCAUUCCAAAAGAUGUUCGUGGAAGACACGCCCGAUAUCAUACCGAUGGAUGCCGAGAGCAACUUGAAGAAGAAGAGGGAUUUGGGAAUGGAUGCGGAAACAGAUCUGUUCCAAAUUGGGGUCUUUGAUGAUCGUGAUGUACCGUUGGGAAAUAAAGAUAGCUUGUCGUUUAUAAAUGCCUUGGAACGUUUUCGUAGGAAACCGAGUAUAAUCGAGGUACCCGUUUAUCCUCCAAAACUCAUAUAUGUACGUAGUGAUCCUUACAAACAAAUAGACCAUCGUGGCAAUGUUAACCUCGAUGCAAGUGACGAUACUAACAAAGAAGAAACUUACUCCUCCGUUUCUUCAAAUGAAACGGAGUGGGUAAAUGAUACUUCAAAGGAUGCAGAUACUAAUUCAGCGCUGAUGGACAUUUCGAAAGAAGGGGAAACGGUACCGCCGGAAGAGUACGUAAACAAGAGCAUCGCCGAGUCGCUGCCGCAAGAGAUUCCCGACGAAGACUGGGAGACGGCGCAGCAAGAUCUGCUGAAAGCAGACGCGGCUCCGAAAGCACCCGAAGUGUUCAGCGAAGGCCGAGGCACACCGGUACCCGCCCUGAUGGGAGAGGAACUGUCGAAGGAAGAGGGCGACCCGGCGUUGAAGACGGAGGCCGAAGGGCAGUUGGCCUUCGUCGGCGGCGGCGUGCUGCUGCGCGUCGCCAGCGGCGAGGCGGCCGGGAGCCCAGUCGCCGGGGACGCGGGCGCUGGCGGCCGCGAGGGCGAUGGCAGCGCCGCGGGCGUCACCGGCAAGACGCAGACGGCCGAGGUGCGCGCGGCGCGGUCGCGGCUGCACGUGGCGCUGGGCGCGCUGGGCGUGGUGGCGGUGGCGCUGCUGGUGGCGGCCACGCCCGUGGUGCAACGCGUCGUGGUGACGAUGUGGUACCCGCGGCCGCGCGAUGUCGACCGCUUCGGGGAGGACGGCGACGGGGACGACUGCGGCGGCGACGCCGGCGACGACGAGAUGCUGGUGCCCUCGGGGAAGACCAAGGCCGGAUGGAAGUGCUCUGUUGACACAAUUAUUACCCAACUCUUAGAAGCGAGUAUUAUUUUUAUUGGUGUUGGUGUUGGUGUUGGUGUUGGUGUUGAUGGUGAUGGUGGUAAUUGUACUCGGAAUAUUUCAGUUAGUGAGGUUCAUCUAAUUCUAAAGCAUUUCUCGUCAAGUUUACGACUGCUUGGAUGA